AAUCCCGGUCUCAAUAUGCCAAUCACAUCAGAUAUCACGGACGAGCACGACAGACCUGCUGCUGCUGCUGCUUCAGGGGGUGCGAUGGCCGUCGCUCUGAAAUCAAGUUGCCUUCUACAACCCAAGAAAUCCCUCAAUCAGAGUCGUCAUUUCCUCCUCUUUUCCACCAAGAAAUCCAUUGUUUCAGUGAAGUCUCGGUCACCUAUGGCUUCUAUGGUUGUGGCUCCAACUGUUGGGCUCUCUGAAACAUUCACCAGACUCAAACAGAAAGGCAAAGUUGCAUUUAUCCCAUACAUCACAGCUGGUGAUCCUGAUCUUUCGACUACAGCAGAAGCAUUAAAGGUGCUUGAUUCUUGUGGAUCAGACAUAAUUGAAUUGGGUGUUCCAUACUCUGAUCCUUUGGCAGAUGGUCCAGUUAUCCAGGCUGCUGCUACACGUGCUUUAGCCAGAGGGACCAACUUUGAUGCAAUUGUUUCCAUGUUAAAAGAGGUGGUCCCACAACUAUCUUGUCCAAUUGCAUUAUUUUCAUAUUACAAUCCAAUUCUUAAGCGCGGCAUUGAGAAGUUCAUGUCUACUGUAAAGGACGCUGGUGUACAUGGGCUCGUGGUCCCAGAUGUGCCUCUGGAGGAGACUGGAAUAUUGAGAAAGGAAGCUGUUAAGAACAAAAUUGAAUUAGUACUUCUCACAACACCUACUACUCCAACAGAUCGGAUGAAAGCCAUUGUUGAAGCUUCAGAAGGAUUUGUUUACCUUGUGAGCACAGUUGGAGUUACAGGAGCUCGUUCAUCUGUAAGCUCACGGGUUCAGUCUCUUAUACAAGAAAUUAAAGAGGCAACAGAUAAACCAGUGGCAGUUGGUUUUGGCAUAUCAAAACCAGAACAUGUAAAACAGGUAUCAGGAUGGGGAGCUGACGGUGUUAUAGUUGGUAGUGCCAUGGUGAAAGUCUUGGGUGAUGCAAAAUCUCCAGAGGAAGGAUUGAAGGAUCUAGAAAUCUUCACCAAGUCCUUAACAGCUGCAAUACUUUGAACAGUUUUGCAAUUUAGCAGCUUAUUACUUUUUAUUUUAUAUAUACAUGGCAAGCAAAUAAGAUCAAGAGUAUGGAGUUUAUCAUAUUUCCAGUUUCAGCAUUAUGUCUA